AUGAAUUCAGCUGACCCAAACAGUAAUAACAAUAACAACAAUAAUACUGAACAGAAAAUUCAAAUUAAUAUAAUGAAUACACCAACACCACCCUCUCAAUCACAACCAAUCCUUCAAACAAUAACUUCUGGAUCUACAAACUCAUCCAGUACAGAUUCCAAUGAAAUCACUGAUGCACCAAUCCUUCAAUCACAACAAACACAUGCACAACAUCAAGGAGCACAGCAAUCGGGCAAGACAUACUCAACAAUUGCUUGUCUUUUAUGCAGAAAGGCUCAUCGUAAAUGUGACAGAGUGUAUCCUGUCUGUAGUGAAUGUAAUUGUAGGGGACUUUCUGAUAAGUGUGCCUAUCAACAACCAAAGAAGAGAGGACCAAAGAAUGCCAAUAUCAAUAUUACUACCACACCUCCACUCACUAAAAUACCUCCCACUUGUUCAAUCCCAACAAAUAUGAACAGUAUUUCUAUUGGCGCAAAUGGUGUCAGCAAUCUACGAAAGAAUUCUCCAUCAAGAAAGAAUGCACAUCCACAACAAGUGAUUCAUACCCAAUUUUCAUCCAUUAAUGAACCAGUCAAUUAUGAUGUUCCUCCUCCUUCUCUAAAUAAUAAUUAUUCGAAUCAACCAAUGCAUCAAACACAUGCACCACAAGCAUCCUCAAGUAAUCAUUAUCAUCCUCCUCAACAAACUCCUCCACAACAUCACUAUCCUUCCAACUCUUAUGGUAAUAACAACUCUUAUGGUAAUAAUAAUAACAGCAACUAUCCACAUUCAAUCGAAUCUAACACUAGACAUUCUAGACAUCCUUAUGCCGAUUCUGCAUCACCAUCUCACAAUUACAGAUAUAACCCUUAUCCAUCCACCCAACAAACUCCACCACCACCACCAAUGAAUGCAAUGAAUACAAUGAAUACAAAUCAAGCAACUUCCUCUUCUCCACCAAUGCAAGAUCGUUAUAUUUCAAAGAGAGAAUUGGCAACAAGUUUGUCCACGCUGAGAAAUAUCAAUUCUUUUGAAGCAUUCGACAUUGAUAUGCAUGCUCAUCAUGUUAUUGACCUCUACUUUAACAGAUACAUUAUGGGUUAUCCUCUCAUUAAAAGAGAAGAUUUGGAGAGUAUCAUUUCAAGACGAUUGUCCAGAAAUUCUAGAAUUCCUCCAAUUUCAGACGAAAAGGAUGAAUACUAUAUUUGUUCAUUCUAUUGUGUGUGUAUGCUGGUAUUCCAACGAGUUGGAAAGAAGGGUAUUGCUCAUACCUUUUAUUCCAGAGCUAAUCAAAUCAGCUCAAGAUUACUCUUCUAUGAAGAAGAAGAUGGGCCAGGCAAUGCUAAUAAGGUUGGUUUGAAUUUUGAAUUGUGUAUGAUUCUUUCCUUGCUAUGUAUAUACUCAGUUGGUAAUGGUGACUUUAGGAAGGCAUCUGUCUAUUACAAUAUUGGUAUGAGCUUUAUUCAACAAGUGAAUUUGUUGGGAGAAUCUGAGCGAGGUUUUUUGAUUGCAUACUACGGUUUUUGCGAAUUGAUGCUUUUUAACGAGACUAGGGAUCAAAUCAAGUGUUUUUCAAUUAUUGUAAAUAAGCACGUGAAGGGAAAUUUGAAUUUCAUUCAUAGUUCUCAAUUCCAAACACUUGAUUCUUGCUUGGAUAUCUUGCAAAUUCUUCAUGAUAAGCAAAAAGGUAUUAUGCAACCAAAGAAUUUUGAUAUACCUGAAGGAUAUGAAUCUGUUCUUCAAAAUAGAUUUGACAUUAUCAAUACUCAUUUUGACUUUUUAAGACUAGGAUUGGAAAUUAAGGCCAUAUUAACAUUCUCUCCUAAUUAUGAUGAGAGGCAGAAACAGUUGGCUGACUAUAUUCUCAGUCUUACAUCCUCUGUAUCAUUUGAAGAUGCUUCAGCACUCAUUGUAGAGCCAGUGGUGUUGGCAUGUAGAAUUAUUCUUAAGCACACCGACUCAUACUUUGAUCCAAAUAGUGUGAGAGCUUGUUUAUUAUCUCUUCACAGUCUUGAUAAGAGAUUCUCCUCUGUGAGAAAAGUUUAUGGAGAUAUUUUUGAUGCUAUCGAAAAUAGAUAUCUCUACUAUAAUAAUAAUACUACUACUACUACUCCUAAUAACAAUGUUAGUGGUAGCUCUGUAAAUAAUGCUCUUCCACAUUCCAAUCCAAAGAUGCAAUAA